UUUCAAGAUGACACGAUUGUUCCCGAACUGGAAGCAACCACUGAUUGGAUGAAAGGGAUACGCCCCGCACGAGACCGGCACGAGCAGAACACCGAAUUUUUUCGGUCGGAUGAUGGGGGUAUUUAUUUAAGGAGUUUACGGAGGGUGCGGGGAGGAGAAGAGAUUCUGGUAUGGUACAGUGACGAUCUGGCCAGAAGGUGUGGAGUUCCCUUCUUAUCCCUAGUCAACAUACAAGGUAAAGAAUGCUAUGCUUGUGACUCUUGCGGCAAGACAUUUAAGUAUCCGAACCCCCUGAAAGCCCAUCUCAGAUACAGAUGUAACGACACCAUGACUCAACAAGAACAUAAACUCUUCCGACCAUUUCUGGACUCUUCUGUUACAGGAAGUGGACACACUUCUUUAGAUCAAAUGAAAUCCGGAGUAGACCUAAGGCUUAGUGCCAGUGCAUUUCAUUCUCCCAAAAUCAGGACUCUUCACUGCCCCACAGCAGAUAUCCAGUCAUUUGAUGUUCGGCACUUUCCGCCACUCUCGUUCUUUCCAAUGUCUUUUGCUCCACUUAUGACUCUGCAAUCACGUGACUUCGUCUACGGCAAAUUUUUGGCGCCAUAUUUUUUACCUGCUUCCAGGGGAACUAUAUUUGAAAGAUCCCUACACGAAUGGCCAGAUGAAAUCAAAAACAGACAACCACGUGGUGCCUACAAUGAAAAUGUUAACGGGUUCAAACUUCCGCUUCCCACGGACGUAGAGGGGGAGCCAUUAGACCUCUUACCAAAGUCUUUCUUCGCCGACAAAUCUCAGAAAGGUCAUCUUUGUUUAUACUGUGGAAAACUUUACUCCCGAAAGUAUGGUUUGAAAAUCCAUCUCCGUACGCACACAGGAUACAAACCUUUAAAAUGUAAGGUUUGCCUUCGCCCAUUUGGAGAUCCAAGUAAUCUAAAUAAACACGUGCGUCUCCAUGCUGAAGGACAAACUCCGUACAGGUGUGAUCAUUGCGGUAAAAUUCUAGUCCGGCGGCGAGAUCUGGACAGACAUAUUAAAUCACGUCAUCCAAAUGUCCCGGUCAAGAACGAGACUGAGGACGAGAUUGUAGUCAUCUAGAAUACAAGAAA